AUGUGUAAUGGGUUACACUUCUUCCCUAUUUGUGUUGUACUUGUUUCCUUGACAACAUUUUGUGUGACCUACAUUCUGUCAGUCGUUAGAAACGAUGUGAACCCAGUUCUACCAUAUAUCAGUGACACAGGAACGACGCCAUAUGAAAGUUGCUUAUUCAGUUUUUUCCUGAAUAUCUCUGCCAUAGCUGCGUUUUGCACGAUGUACAUCAGAUAUCGUUGGAUCCGUAUGGUGUCAAACGAAGAGAGAUCGCUCCGGUGUUAUAAUAUUCUAAGUUUGAUGUUUGGAUGGUUCUCAUCUCUGGGUCUCGGACUUGUGGCAAAUUUUCAGGAAACGAACUUAGAGGGUGUUCACAUGACUGGGGCAGCGAUGACAAUUGGUUUUGGUAUCUUGUACAUGUAUCUACACACUGUCCUAUCGUACAAAAUGUCCGACACCUUGACCCUAAGUAGAGUUCGGCUGGCAAUGUCCAUAUCGUGUACAAUCACAGCGGCUUCAUUUUUAAUUGCCACUCUGGUUGCCAAAGCUCAGCGUUCAUCCGCUACUGAUCCUUUACAUUGGAAGUCAUCUGACAAGGGAUAUCCAGCACACGUGACAGCGGCUAUCAGUGAGUGGUUGACUUGUAUUGUGUUCCUUCUAUUUUUUGCCACGUUUGUUCAGGAUUUCAAACGAACCUCAGCUUCUGUGACAUUUCACAUAAAUUUAAUCGAAGAGUCAGAUAGUAUCAAGGUCUGAAUAAACAUAUUUUUUUCUAGGAAAACCAAAAUCUGAUAAUAGAGCUUUUUAUUUUUAUAUUUUGUACAUCAUUAUGUUAUUUUGAUUUGAAUCUGUUUACCAUAAUACAUACAUAUUUGCAUAGUUUUGAUGUAUUUCUUUUAUUACUUUUUUACUGAUCCGAAAAUAAAAAUAUAUGUUUGAAA